AUACUUGGUAAAGGAAGCAUUCCUGUUAACCAGUUACUUCACUUUUUUCCCCAUUACCAGCAUCAUUCCCAUUGAGUUACCUUUACUAUGCCUAUUCCUUUAACUGUAAACCCAUUAAAACAAAACUACAUUCAUUUCAUCUUUACCGAUUGAUUCCUUUUUUUUCAACAUCUCUUUGCCAUUCCCAAAAUUUUGAUACUUACAUCAAUAACCAAUUGUCCAUUCCAAUCAAUCAUUAUCAAAUUGUUCCAAAAAAUAUACAUUUACAGUUUCCAACAACACGUAUAAUAACAACCUAAUAAACCCAACAUACACACACCUUUAUCAAUCCAAUGGACUUCCCAUUAAACUCAAGGAAUCCCAUGUUUACCUCUUUCAUCAUGUUUCCAUCAUUUUAAUGGUUAACUUUGCAUAUUUAAUUUAACUAACCAUUAACCACAUUGAAUCUCCACUAACCAUGAUUUCCAGUUCAACUAAACCAACAGCGCUUUCAUUGCCGUCUUGCUCAAGGAUGCAAGGUAGAUCAACUAAAAGACGAUCAACCUCAACUUAUUGUACUCAUCAACCAUUCAAAGAUGCUAAAUCAAUGUUAUUUUAUGUUAACAAUUUAGGAUUAAUUUUGUUAAUAACAAUUAUACCCUUAAUAAGUUCACUUUCAGUGAGUGAAGAUAAUGUAAAAUAUUGGGCAUUAAGGUUCGGCAAGGAUAUUUACGAAGGAAGUGCCGAAGCAACUUGUCUACGGAAAAUUGAAGAAAAUUAUGCGGCAUUAAAACCUCAAGUUGAAAACGUCGACUGUCCAAGUAUGCUGCAACAGAUGAAGGAAAUGGUAACCAACAUGUUCAACUGGAAGAAAGAAAUGGUCGAAAAGAUUGCCAAGAAAGCGGAAAAAGCUGCUGAAAUGGCCUCUGAAGAUAAUUACAAUGACUUUAGUUACAUCAAUUCAAAACGCUUGUACGAUGUUACCGAAGUCAACUAUAAAGAUGCUUCACCAGAUGGACGGGAUUACUCUCUUUUACUGACACCUCAAUCAGUUUUUCGCAAUGUUCCCGUUUAUGAUAAAAAGUCGGCUGUUCACAUACCAACCAAUGUGUUUGAGGACAAGCAAGAUUUAAAAGAGGCAAUCAAAUGGUCGGAAAAGUUGGAUGCACAAUUUGAUUACAAUCAUGUAAACGAUUCAGAAGUUAACUGGCAAUUCUUUUGCUCUUCUAAAGGAUUCCUUCGCUUCUUUCCCGCCUCAAAAUGGCGAGUCCCACAGUUUCUCACUGAACCCGAUCCAGAGGCAGAAAAGCUUGACUUAUACGAUUGUCGUGUCCGUGAAUGGUACGUUAAAGCAGCAGCAUCACCUAAAGAUGUAGUUAUACUGCUUGAUGGAAGUGGCUCUAUGACGGGUCAACGCAAGGAAAUUGCCAAAGCAGUUGUGGCUUCCAUUUUGGAUACUUUGACUGAUGAUGAUUUUGUCACGGUAAUACGAUUCUCUGAUGAUCUUGAGCCUACUGUUAAAUGUUUCGGUGAUCGACUGAUUGAAGCCAAUAAGCAAAAUUUGAUUCAAUUUAAACACAGUCUUAUCGAUUUAAAUACAACCGACAUUGCUGACUUUAAAAGUGCCCUAACCAAAGCGUUUGAGAUUCUUCAAGCGGCAGACAAAACAAACCAAGGAUCACAGUGUAAUCAGGCCAUUAUGCUUGUAACCGAUGGUGCUCCUGAUACUUUCCGUGAAAUCUUUGAACAAUACAAUUAUCCUCGCAUAUCGAUACGUGUCUUCACCUACCUUGUUGGUAAAGAGGUUACCGAAACCAAACAGGUUAACCUUAUGGCCUGUGAAAAUAGAGGUUACUAUACACAAGUAACCAGCCUUUCCGAGAUACGAGAACAGGUUCAACUUUACCUUCCCGUCAUGAGUCGACCUCUUGUCCUGUCUGGAGCCCGAGUCUUUCGUUUCACUGGAGUCUAUGCUGAUAUAACUGAUGUUCCUUUAACUCCAUGGGUCUGGGAUGAACGUGAACGGGAAAAAAUACGUAAAAGUCUGCAGGUUAAUCGUCGAGCUCGUGAUGUUUCAUCUUAUGAAAGUGAUGCUGGCUAUGACAGUCCAGGGCCUACCGAUGAAAGUGAAUUGAGCUCAUUGAGUCCGGAGGAUAAAAAUUAUGAAGAUUAUCUGGAAAAGCACAAUUUCUUCAAUGAUACUUCUGUUCCUUUGGUUGGUAAUCAAGUUAAUCCUGAUAGUGGUGACAAUUCAGUGUUACCUUCCUCAUCAUCUUCAUCUGUCGAUAAUUUAUCAUCCCAAGAAUCAAAAGCAAGGAUUACUCGUGAAGUAAAAGUGGACAAGGAAUCAAUCAAUAGUCAACAACAGCAGCAUCAAAGCUCCUUGUUGAAUGACAAAUUGUCAUCAGAUUCAUCAGAUGAGAAUGGACUCAAUUUUCGCAACAAUUAUAAUCAAAGAUCUACUGACAAAAAGGGUGUCCAUGAAUUGAUGACGACUAUUUCAUUACCAGUGUUUGAUGUUAAAAAUACAACUAAUAUAACUGAAAGGUUUUUGGUUAAAAACGUUUGGCGUGAACGAGUCAAAGAGGUUCGAUCAGCUAAUUUACUUGGUGUGGCUGGAAUUGAUAUACCAAUUAGAGAGAUUGUUAAACGUACACCAGCUUAUAAAUUAGGGGUCAAUGGUUAUUCAUUUGCAAUAAACAACAAUGGACAUAUACUAUUUCAUCCUGAUCUCCGUCCCUUGUUUCAAGAUUUGCUGAAACCCUUUUACAGUUCAGUUGAUCUUCUGGAAGUUGAAUUAACUGUAAACCAUCCAGAAAAAGGGCCUCGGGAAUAUAAUGAAACUCUAGUUGCCAUGAGAGAGGGAAUGAUUGCCUCCAAGACGGGCUGGACCAGUAUGGAGGUUAAAAUGCAUAUUGACUCUAUGAAAAGAGCCAUAACCAGGAAACACAAAUAUUGUUAUGAACCAAUCCAUGGGACACCAUUUUCAUUGGGAAUAUCAUUACCUAAACCAUAUGGAGAGUAUCGGGUUAUAGGUGGUAUUGAGAUUAAACGCAGAGAUGAAAAUUAUACACACUUUUUCCGUGGAAAUAAUUGGCGAGUUCAUCCUGACUGGACAUAUUGUGACAAUGAUAAUUUACGAGGUGAUGUCUUUGAUACACCUGAAGGUGGAAUCCUUCAUAUGUUGAAGAAAGCUGCUGAAAAUGAGAGUAACAUUUGGUAUCUUGAGCCAUCUAAGCAACCUCCAGUUCGUAUGCCUCGAUUAACAUGUGAAAAAGACUUGGUCCGAGGUUUAGUUUAUGAUGCCAAAGCAACUGAUAUUGAUGCUAAACGCUGUGGAACACCAAAUAUGUCUGAUAAAUUUGAUCCAUUAGGUUUGCUUCUGGCUUUAUUACCAAGAAACCGAAUCACCACAAUGUAUGGAGUUACAUUGACUUUUGUGGCCACUCGAUCAGGAUUGACUCGUUUCGAAGAUCACCGUGCACCCGAAGAGAAAAAUAACAACACUGAAGAUCCGGAAAAACUUUUCAUGGAGACCCAUAAUCGAGCUAUUGAUGAAUUGUAUUACCAAAGAGCAGUUGAUUUUCAUCGUUUCAAUUCUUCAGCCUUUGUUUUCUCGGUUCCCUUUGAUGCAGGAGAUAAACCUGGUUCAACUUAUGUUACAGGCUCUAGAGCCAUAUUUUUGGGCAAAGGUAAAUCCAUUGCUCCAGUAGCUGCUGUUGGUCUACUAUUCCGUCAUGACAAGUUUGCCGAAAGAUUUUUCAAUUUCUCUUCAUUGUGUAAAACCGAGGGUUGCAAUGUUAACUGUUCAACCGAUGCAUUUGACUGUUUCUUGGUUGACAAUAAUGGAUUCGUUGUAGUCUCCAAAAGGUCCAAUGAGACUGGCAAAUUUUAUGGUGAAGUUGAUUAUCCCAUGUUUGAAAUAAUGGUUUCCCAGGGCAUUUAUAAAGAGAUAAAAAUGUACGAUUACCAGGCCAUUUGUAUUGAGGUUAUUCAACGUUCAGGACCAGGAUCAACUCUUAUUACACCUCUUCAGUUGACUAUUAGACUGUUUACCUGGUUAUGGGCACGGAUCAGUUAUCUUGCAAUGGAGAUUGUUUUUGGACAUAUCAGUAAUUUGGUUGCCGGCGAUUACUAUUACCAUUACGAUGGACCAGAAGAUGGUGAAGUUUCAGAUGAUCCAAGUGUGUAUUCUGGCGAAGAAGGAGCUGGCCGCCGAAUACCUCCAAAUAAAACUCGACCUUACCCAUGUGAUAAAGAGUUUUACAUUUAUGAGAUGCAAAACGCUCCCAGCGAAACAUCAAUCAAGGGAAAAUAUUCAAAGUGUGAUGCUUGUGAAGAGGAAUACAUUAUUCAACCUGUUCCUUACACCAAUUUAUUGAUUCUUGUUGUUGAAACAUCCUGCCAUUGUACACCUCGAAGGGUUAAAAUCAAUCCAAUGGAAAUUAAAUAUCCGGAUGAUUGUACAUUUGAACGUCGACGAGUUAAUCAAACUCGCAGAAGACCCAAUCAAUCAGAUUGUAAAAAUACUCAUCCCGAGGAAGGAGCAAUUAAACAAUGUGGCAAAGGAUGGAAAUUAAAACCUUCUAGUCAACCAUUUGUAACCAUUAUGGCGAUAACUCUUUUUCAUCUCAUUUGUAUAAGACAUUUGUUGGAUACUAAUCAUUUCACUAAACUAAAUUAACUCAUUUGAUUAUUAUUGUGUAAUAUAAUUGUACCAUGUUAACGCCUUAACUUGAUAUUAAAACAAAACAAAAUUGUAUAAAACAAA